AUGGUUUUGUCUGGUGACGUGUUCCGACUCCGAAGGUGCACCUCUUCGUGCAAUCGGGACAAAGACCUGUGCUGUCCUCCCUACUAUGAAGUACUUUACGAACAUUUCCUGGAGGAGGAGUUCAGCAAUCAUCUGGAGGAGGAACUGAGUAAACUAGCAAAAGAAAAGGCCAAAGACAACUGCCUCCCAUACCUCCAAAUCAUCAAAGAAAAUGAUAAAAACGGUGUCAAAAGUCACAAGAGGACCACAGCCAGCCUCAUAGUCGUGGUUCUGAACAAGAGGACUCACAGCCUCAGAGUGGUUCUGAACAAGAGGACUCACAGCCUCAGAGUGGUUCUGGACAAGAGGACUCACAGCCUCAGAGUGGUUCUGAACAAGAGGACUUACAGCCUCAGAGUGGUUCUGAACAAGGGGACUCACAGCCUCAGAAUGGUUCUGAACAAGAGGACUCACAGCCUCAGAGUGGUUCUGGACAAGAGGACUCACAGCCUCAGAGUGGUUCUGAACAAGAGGACUCACAGCCUCUGA